AUCCAACAGAUCGUUCGCCAUAUCGUCGGUGCUCAUAUCAUGUAAAUAAUGAUCGUUCGGCACAUCGUUGGGGCUCAAGAUAUGUAAACAAUUCGGGUGAACAAAUUGGUUGGGCCACAACCUCACAUAGUUUCUUGUUUUCUUUCGCGAACAAUGAUCAUCAUUCAGGAUAUAUUGAAAGAGUUUCGAGUGAUAUUGCAUAUCAAAAAUAUGCUGUAUAUUAUAAAACAGAAUUUGGACCGGCUUUUGGUAGCAUCUCAAUUUUAGGCAAUAAUAUUCAACGUAAUGAUGAUAAAUACGCAUAUCCAUAUAUAAAUAGAAUUUUAAGUGACACAAAACAGAUUGUUGAUUAUGAAGUAUUCCUGGUGGAAGUUGUUAAUGAAACAUAUUGA